CCCCAGCGCUUUACAGUCGAAUAAAGUGAGUAAGGAAACUGUGCUAAUCACUUACAAGAUCAGUAUUUAUUUUUCAGCUAACCAUCUAUCAAUGUGAAGAAAAAGGAGCAAUAAAACUCAUUCAGGCAUAUGUUGAUGCUGAUCCAGAAGAAAGUUUUUAUUCUUGUGCCUGGACUUGCAACCCUAACACUGGAGAACCUCUUAUAGCAGUAGCUGGUGCCAAGGCUGUAAUACGGUUUAUAAGUCCAAUUAGUAUGAAGUGCAUUAAGCAUUAUAUUGGUCAUGGUGGAGCAAUCAAUGAUCUCAAACUUCAUCCUCUUGAUCCACAUCUCUUGCUUUCUGGCAGUAAAGACCAUGGGCUAAGGCUGUGGAACAUCAAAACAGAUGUGUUAGUGGCAGUGUUUGGAGGUGUUGAUGGUCACAGAGAUGAAGUAUUAAGUGUAGAUUUUGAUGUGCUUGGAACAAAACUUAUUUCAUGUGGAAUGGAUCACUCAUUAAAAAUCUGGAACUUGGAAACAGAUAGACUUAAAGAGGCUUGUAAAAACUCUUACACCUUUGAUGCAAGCACUAGUAAAAAACAAUUCAAGACAAUUCAUGAACAUUACCCAAACUUCACCACACGAGACAUUCACAGGAAUUACGUAGAUUGUGUCCGAUGGCUAGGAGACCUAGUACUUUCAAAGUCAUGUGAAAAUUGUAUUGUUUGCUGGAAGCCAGAUGGAAAAUUAGAAGAUAUCUUACAAAAGACAGGCAACAGUGAUCAUGGUGUUGAAGUUCUUCACAGAUUUGAUUUCCAUCAGUGUGAUAUCUGGUACAUGAGAUUUUCACUGGAUUACGAACAAAGAUUAAUGGCUGCUGGUAAUCAGACGGGUAAAGUGUUUGUUUGGGACAUUGGAUUUGAAGAUCCAACCAAAGCAAGAUGCGCCAGCUUAGUUCACAACAAAUGUACCGCAGCUAUUCGUCAAACAGCUUUCAGUUAUAAUGGAAAGAUACUCAUUUGUGUUUGCGACGAUGGAACUGUUUGGCGUUGGGACCGGCUGAGAUAAUUGACAGGAAACACCACUGGACUACUAAGGCAUGUAAAGAGGAAAACACACCGUCAUCUGGGAAGAAAGCAAUUUCCCUUUCAACGAGUUCAAUAAGACGGUUGAAAGAUAACACUCUGUGGGGGAUAUACAAAUUUGUUUUCUAAAUGAUUUUAAAGAUAAACUCAAAAAAAUCAGGUAGCUUCUUGAAAGGUAGAUCUUUUAGUGUCUCAUAAUGUAGUUUUGCCACAAGGAACUGAAAAGGCCAUUCCGAGGUUGAGAAAAAACUGGCUUGAGUUGGUAUUGCAGUGCAUUGUGGGGCUGUUUUAGGGGACGAAAAAGACGCCAUCUUGGAAACCUAUCCCCUCUAACAGGCCCAUAAUGCACUGUAAUGCCAAUUCGACCCAGUUUAUUCCUCGGAAUGGCUAAUAUCUAGACCUUUCCCAGAUUUCUUGAGUGACCACCGAACAAUGGUUCCUAGUCGGUUCCGAGGGUUGAGCUUGAACUUGAUGUGUUCAUACGUUUACUUUAUUUAUAAAUUCAACCUCGACUUGGAACCACUGUUUGUUCAAUCUAGCAUUUGUUUCACACUCUGUACUAUCAAGAACAAUAGCAUUAUCUGGGUCCCGCUGAGCUUUAGUAAAACCGAAAGAAGAAGACCGAAGAGAAAAACAAGCAUGUUUUAUUAAUUGGGUUUUUCUUAGUAUUUCAACUGGACAGAUAACGUAAGAGUGCAAACCAUAUAUUCGUGAAAUAGCACUAAAACUAAACAGCACUAAACACAUCUAUAUUUUUUGUUUUAAAUUGUUUCAUUGGUGCUAUUUUGGUGCUAUAUGGUUUGCACUGGCUCUACUUGAUCAAAAAUGUGUAUAUAUUAAAGUGACUAAAUAUUUUUUCAAUAUGAACCUACUAGAGUGCACGCUCUAAAACCGUGAACAUUAUAUAGUACUAAUUAGUACUAUUUCGUACAGAAUCCUUCGUUUUCUAUUGUUUAAUUAUCACUAUUUAGCACUAAAAGUUAGUAUUUGUUUCACGGAUUUAGUGUGAGCACUCUACUCCUUUUCUUCAUUUAUGUUCAGUGCUGUUUCAAAGAGGAAUAAAUAAACAUUUUCUCAUUUUCAA